AUGUCGUAAUGCGGAUGUGGAAAAUAACUUUUAUUCGUAGCGGACGUUCUUCCCGGUGCCCCAACAUGGCGGCGCUUCAGGAGAGAAAUGUGAGAAAGCGAGCUGAGCUCAUGUGCCGGUAAUGUGACUGUAAACACCUGAACUGGCCUCGGGAUACACUCUGAUCCUCUCACAGGGCAAAAAUAAAGGCUGAGUCGAGUCACGAUGGUGGGGUUUGACCCAGGCAGCAAAGCCCUCUCCAAGGAGGACGCAGCCCUGGCCGGCUCAGCAGCAGGCCUCGUCACCCGUGCCAUCAUCAGCCCAAUGGACGUGCUCAAGAUCCGCUUCCAGCUGCAGGUGGAGCGCGUCUCGUCCUCCAGGCCCGAGGGGAAAUACAGCAGCAUAAUGCAGGCGUGUCGUUGCAUUCUGGGAGAGGAGGGACCGUCUGCGUUCUGGAAAGGCCAUGUUGCCGCUCAGAUGCUCUCCGUCUGUUACGGAGCCGUCCAGUUUGCAAGUUUCCAGGAGCUCACUGAGCUCAUCCAUAAAAACACGUCCUAUAACAGCCAGGCGGCUGGAGUUCACUUCCUUUGUGGAGGAAUGGCUGCGUGUUCUGCUACUGUGGCCUGCCAGCCGCUGGACACACUCCGCACACGCUUCGCUGCUCAGGGAGAACCCAAGGUUUACAGGAACCUCCGUCACGCUGUGAGGACCAUGUACAUCCAGGAGGGGGCGCUCACCUUCUACAGAGGCCUCAUCCCCACACUGGUGGCCGUGUUCCCCUACGCUGGCCUCCAGUUCUUCAGCUACAAUGUCCUCAAGAAACUGCUGGAGCGUGAUGGCAAGAUGUCUAAAGGUGGACUGCAGAGUCUGGUGAGUGGCAGCGUGGCCGGAGUCAUCAGUAAAACCCUCACCUACCCCUUCGACCUGUUCAAAAAGAGAUUGCAGGUGGGCGGGUUCGAGGAGGCCAGAGCGCACUUCGGACAGGUCCGGUCGUACCGCGGAUUCGUGGACUGCGCAGUGUGCAUCGGUCGAGAGGAAGGACUGGUCGGCUUCUUUAAGGGUCUUUCUCCCAGCCUGAUAAAGGCGGCCAUGUCCACUGGCCUCACCUUCUUCUGCUACGAGUUCUUCACCAGUACCAUCUCCAACCUGAGGCGGAGCUGCUGAGCUAAACAGGACGAGGGAGAAAAGCUGGACUCAGUUUCUUCAGGAAACAGGAAGAUGAUCAGGAUGUGCGUGUCAGGUUUAAUUGUGCUGAGCUAGUCUUCUUAUUUUUAAACCAUUUGUUACUGAUCUCAGGACACUAGCUUUAAAACAUGCACUCGGCUGUUCCUAUUUCAGCGUGUGUUCGGCCGUAAAUUGUUUCCAUGAUGAUACACUCACUGUUUCGUGAGUGGUUAAAUCUGAGAGAAGACCAUUGCUAGGAAACUUGUGCUGAAAGACUCUUUACUAUAACUGAAGCUAAACGAGCUAAUUUAGCUAGCUGGUUAACAGGAAGGCGCAGCAAUGUUGGAGAAAUUACUCAAAAAUAUCCGGAACGUAAACAUUUACCUCAGAUAUGUCGAGAAAAAGAUCACACUUAGCCUUGACUACUAACUGAACUGAACAUCAUAUUGAGAAAUUUCACCACAACUCCAUUAUUUCUACGACUAGUUUCUGUGUGGAUGCCGGCUUUGCUAAUUAGUUAGCGUGCUCACUAUCUGGUCUUUUUUUUUUUUUUUUACAAUAUUUAGCUAUGUGCUUGCUAGUUUGAGGUAUUCAUUAAAGAUCCAUCAUGUACAGGUCGUCCGAUAUCGCUACACAUCUGGUAUCCGGUUGGCGGUGUAAAUAUGUAAUAGUGGGCGGGGUUUAAAGAUGCACUGUUGAACGGCGUUGACUCUUUGCACUAUAAACGAGGGUCAGAUCGCAUGUUUGGUCAAAACGCACAGAUACAUUACCUCAUUGUUUCAAACCCUGAAAACGUAACCCGACCCGUUUGUGUUUAACGUGAUCGCCAAGUCUCGAUCAUCUCUGUACGCUAACAAGUGCCUACGGAUUUUAAUAUUUAUUUAAGCGGUGGGAGUGGUUUCUUGCUUGUUUUAGGUCAUUUUUUGUUGUUGUUUUGUGCUCCAGGUUACGUUUUGUUUCCCGAGUCGUUAGUCGUUAGCGGCUCGCUAAUUAAUAAUACACUUGUCACAUGAUGUUAGCUGGCUAGAGGAAGGGGUGGCAGUUGUUUAGAGCAUCCACAACAACAACUUUGUACGUGUUAAAUAGAACUGAUUGGAGCUACACGUCUACACGAUUCACAUCAUAACCACUGCGCAUCAUUUUCUGAAUGAAUCCAUUGCUGCUGUCUGGUGUAAAAAAGAAAAACUUCUGCAUGUUAGUUCUUACUGGGUGUGGGAGUGUGUGAUGGAGUGUGUUGUUUUUUUUAAGUUAUUUUCUCAAAAUAUUAUAAUUUUUUUUAAACCAAAAGAAUAAAAGCAGUUUACUCCA